AUUAUCGAUACCGAGUAACUCAAGUGUUUGGGUAAACCAUAACAUGGUUACCAUAUUGAAAAAUGAAUUGGAAAUUUGUUUUAUUUAAAUUAUUAAAUAUUUGAUUGGCUAUUUAACAUGCUGUUAUCUAGAUUAUUUUUCAGAGGAAUUUCAUCCUCAGUUAAAGUUUGUGAGAGCCAGUUUUUCAAGCGGCUGAUUCCUGUUGAUGAAUAUUGUGAGCGACAAGCAAAACUUGUCAAUUUGAUUGUUAAUCAUGUCAAGAAAAAUAACUUUUCGUACUCUAAUGUCGGCUCCUUGAUCGUUGUUAGUGGUGCUAAAAGGAUGUACACAGCAGAUACCAGAAUUCCCACCAUCCAUUUCAAGCAAAAUUCAGAUUUCCUCUACUUAACCGGGUUGAAUACUAAGGAAGCUGCUCAUACUGUUUUGAUUAUUCUUGGUCCUGAUGCAAAAUCAAAGUUAUUUCAGUCAUUUUUGUUUGUUCCUUUUUCUAGUCAAUUGCAGUUAAUUUGGGAAGGCGAAGGACUCAAAGAUGGUCAUUAUCAGUCUCAUCUAUCUCAAAUUUCACAUGUUGUGGAAGACAUCUCCAAGUUGCCGCAAUUUUUAAAAAGCCACUCAGAUAGACCAAUUUUUAUGUGUCGAGCUGGUCUUGAAUUGAUUCCACCUACUAUAAGUGGCCACAAAGCCGGCAUGGAUCAAGAUACACCAAUUAAACCUCUUGAUGGUUAUAAAACUUUUGAUUUAUCUCCAUUCAUUGAUAGACUUCGCUUAUUCAAAUCUCCAAAUGAAGUGAAUGCUAUGCGACGGACAUGUACCAUUGGAGCUGAAGCUGUAAAUGCAACAAGAAUAUGGUCACAAACUCAAUUAGAAUCAAAUAAAAAAAAUUAUGGAAUCCAAGGGGUUAGUGAAAAUCAAAUUGCUGCGGAAUUUGAAUUUGCAGCUCGUUCUGCUGGUGCUGUUAAGCCAUCUUAUCCUCCUGUUGUUGCUGGUGGACCGAGGACAACAAUUAUUCAUUAUGGCGCCAAUGAUAAACUUGUUUAUCCAAAUGAAUGGAUUCUUAUGGAUGCUGGAUGUGAGGACAUAGAAGGUUACAUCAGUGACAUCACAAGAUGCUGGCCAAUUUUAGCAUCGGAAUCAAAUUCAAAGAAUCGAAUCAGUCAAGCAUUAUACGAAGCUCUUUGUGAAGUUCAUCAACAGAUAGUAGUUUAUUUGGAGAACCGGGCGCUAGAAACUUCAUUGAAUGAUCUCUAUCACUUAAUGUGCCAUCUUCUAGGGUCAGUUUUAAGUGAAUUUAAUCUUUGCCCAAGUGGUGAUCAAGCAGCCCUACUAGCUGAUCAUUUCUGUCCUCACCAUGUUUCUCAUUAUCUUGGAUUAGAUGUUCACGAUACACCCACAGUCAAUCGCGAUAUAAACUUGGAGCCAGGAAUGUGCUUCACAAUCGAACCUGGUCUUUACUUUAGAAAAGGCGAUUCAAGAAUUAAAGAAGAGUUUGAAGGAAUUGGAUUGAGAGUCGAAGACAAUUACAUCAUAAAUGCAAAUGGAAAACCAGAAAAUCUAACCGCUGGCGUUUCCCAGAUUUUCUCAUCUUGAUCAUUAUAUUCCAUCAUUAAUUUCACCACUGUUUGUGCCUUUUUUAAACAUAACAUAUAGUUUAGAGUAUUGUUAAAAGUUUCAAAUUUAAAAUUGUUGAUGUAGUUUUCAUAUGUUUUUACAUUUGAUAAAUUUCAACAGAUUACUUGCCUAUUAAUAUCUUUCUUUCAUUCAUCGUUCCGACAAUGAUGUAAUUUCUUGUAAUACAAUAUCUAACGUGAAAAAAGAUAUUACUCAUCAAC